CUGCCUUAAAGAAAUAACCUUCUAAAACGGAUUUGCGCUCUAGAAAUAACAUACCUACACUAAAUACUUUUCUUUCAAUGACAACUCUAAACUGAAAUUUUAAUUUUAAAUAAAACGCUCGUUUUUAAUGACACAAUAGCCAAAAUCAGAGCACUUAUUUGAAUUUUAAAUUAGAUCUGUUUUAAUUUACGUUUUGAAUUUCCCUCUUUAGUUUCAUUUUUCCGCCACUACGUGCAAAAAGUUCUGUUCCAGGUUACUUUAGGUGGUUACUUUUAUCACAAUUCCAGCCUUUUAGGAACCGACUUUGCAAAGUAAUUUCAAAUGGCAGCAAAAGCAGCAGCUACUAAACUUCCAGGUUGGAGGGAAACUAUGAGAAGAUGGGCAUUCAACUUGUCUGGAUACAACAAAUACGGACUUUUGUAUGAUGAUUUACUAAGGGAGUCUGAGGAUGUUCAAAAGGCUCUGAAAAGAUUGCCCGAUGAUGUUCUUCAGAAGAGAAACUUCCGUGUGGUCCGUGCUAUGCAGCUCGAACUGUGCCAUGACCUUCUUCCAAAAGAGCAAUGGACAAAAUACGAAGAAGAUGUCAGGUACCUCUCCCCAAUUGUCGAACAAGUUAGGAAUGAAAGGGAGGAAAUGGAAAACUGGGAGAAGGAGAAUUAAAUAGUUCAAUGUGAUUUUUCUCUGAUUAGGAACGAAAUUUACAUUCGGUUUCUUAUUGUCUACAUUGUCAAAUUCAAUAUUUGAAAUGUGUAAUUAGUCAGCAUACAAUAUUAAAAAUGCCAUUUGUUAUUUAUCCUUAAAUGUUUUACCAGGCUAUUAAAUCUUUAUUGUUUAAGUGUG